UGAACUUGAGAAGACUUGAUAAUACUCUCUAAAUUUUCGGCUAUGGGGGUUAUCCAAGUUUUGAUUUUUCAAGUGUAAGACUUGAAAAAUUACUCUAUAAUUUUCGGCCAACAUGUGUUGGUUCUAAAGGGUUUCAAGUUUGUAAUUUUCAAGUGCAAGAACACUAUUGUUCCUCUCAUAAUUUUCGGCCAUGAUGUGGUUGUUUAGAGAGAAUCUUAGUGAGUUCAUAAGUGUAGAAAUCCUAGCUAAACUUAAGGUGUUUGUUGGAAGGCUUGGGGUAUACAAGCUUGAGGUCUUCUACACUUGAAGGCAACCGUUCAAGAAGCAUCAUCUUCUUCAUAUCCUUUACUCCUUGGAAGGUAGUAUUCUAAACACCCUAUGGUUGUGUUUAAUUUUUUUGAUAGCAUGCACAUUCGUAUAUGGAUCCGGGGAUUGAGUUUUGCAUAUAAAAUGGGUUUUAUAUAUUGUAAGUAACAUGUUUUAAAUUAUAUUUUCCGCUACGUUUUUAUUUUAUAUGGACAAAAUACUUUGAUAAACAUGUGAAAAAUCCCAACAGAAGGUCAUAUAAAAAGGACGCGAACCAACCUCGUCGUAAGCAUACUUACGUUAUUUGGAAGAAGGACGAGGAAUACAGGUUGGUUCGGGCGUCGGUCAAUGUUUCGGAGGACCCCGAUGUGGCAAACUUUCAAACCGGUCCCUAAUUUUGGAACAGGAUUUGCGAGCUUUUUUAUAGUACGUGGGGUAAAGGUGAACAUCGUGACAAAGAUUCCAUCUCUAGCAAAUGGACCGAUAUCAACAACAAGUGUCACGCCUUCCAAGAAGUUUAUCAACGAAACUACGAUAAUCGGUCGAGCGGGGAAGGUGAUGUCGGUGUUUUAACGAGGGCUAUGGAUGAGUACGAGAAAACGAAAGGCGUUUUCACGUACUAUAGAUGUUGGGAGCUACUAAGAAAAAGUCCAAAGUAGGCUAGCGUACCGACCAUGACGUUUAGUAGUAGACGUAAAGCUAGACGGUCGAAAAUGUCAUCCUCGGUUGACCCUGAAACACCAACUUCCGAUGGCCGCGACGUCGAUUUAAAUGUUGUUGUGGACGAUGACGAGGAAGUUGAAGAGUUGGCCCGACCGGCCGGUAGAAGAAAAGCUAAGCGAACCGGGAAAAAACCGGUGGAGUCGUCUUCCGAUAAUCUCGAGUUGAUGGAAGAUUUCGAGAAGAUGAACCGUCGUCUCCAAGACAUUCGAGACCUCGGCCACAAGCGUUGGGAGACUAUGAAAGAACGAGUCACCGAAAACAAAAAGUUUAACAAGAUGCAAGCGGCAAGGCAAACGGAAAAGGACAUAGAGUUUUUGUCUAAACCGAUCGAUCACCUCCAAGGCGACGCGUUGAUCGUUGCGCAAAUGCACCGUCAAAAACUUCGGGAAAAAUACGGCCUUCAGAUCAUCAUCUUUUUUUUAAGUUUAUUUGUUUUUUUUCCGGUUUUUUUCUUUUUUUAAGUU